GCCUUAAUAGACUGUGGACACAAGUUCUUUUAGGCUUUGGCUAGUUGCAUUGUGGCGUAUUUCUGGGUAAAACAUGAGCUCUAGAUCAAGGGGCUAUUUUGGGCACCUUUCUCGUUAGUGAAAACUACAUCCGUUCAUUGAUAUUUCGUUUGAUUUUUCCAUUUAAGAAAAUCACCAAUUAUUUGGGUUGUAAUUUAGAAUGAUAAUCAUCUAGCGAAAAUGAGGAAAAAUGACAGUUCGUUUUAUAGUAAUUUAGGAAAUUUCUCAAUAAAAAAGUGCAAAGUUGUAAUAUUAUAGGGCAUCCAUAGAGGAGUUAAACACAAUAUUUAAUGAAUUAGUCAAUUUAUAUCCCGCGGAAGGAUGGAUUACAGCUGUUAAACUGCAAUGUAUAGCAAGACAUCAAGAAUGGAAACAAAUGAAUUAUCCUGCAGCUGUGUCAACGUAUAAUCAAGCACUACAGAUUUGGUUUGAAUAUGUAGAAGACAAAGAAUUAAAUUGUUCCUUUGAUAUAGCUGAAACUUAUGCAAGCAUUGGUUACUGUUACCGUGAUGUCAUAAAUGAUUUGACACAGGCUACGAAACAUUUUGAUUUAGCUAUUGAAUAUUAUCAGUUUGGACUCAGUGAUGAAGCAGCUACAGAUCACGAGAAGAUGACGAUAUUAGAUAAGCUAAUUACUUUUUAUAAAAACAAGAUGGAAACUGUAAUAAAUGCUGAUGAUAAAGUUGAAAAAGUUCGAGGCGCCGUGCUGGCAAUUCAGUACCAGGAAUUAGCUCUGGAAUAUAUGCUGAAGUAUCAUUCCUCGACUGACAUCGAAAUUGGUAGUCUUACCAGAAGAUUAGCCGAUUUCUAUAACUUUGCAUCUAAAUAUGAUGAUGCCUUAAUGAAUUAUCAAAAAGCUUUACGAAUCUACAUGGAGCAAUAUGAAGCGGAUUCAAUGUGGAUUUCUUCUAUAUGCUCAAGCUUGGUAGAACUUUUCAUUUCACAUAAACAUGAUUAUGAUUCGGCACUUCGAUAUCAAAUAAUAGGGCAUACUCAUACAUUACAAGAAAAUCUUUUAAAACCAACAGAUAUCGUAUAUCAAAUCCAUUGGAAAAAGGAAAAUAUAGGUAUACAUCUGUUAAAAUAUGACACAGAAUUAGAACUACCAGUUGAUAUUACCGAUCUAGGCGAUCUUAAAGCUGCUUUGUAUGUGUUGUUAAAUACAAAAAAGUAAUUCUAGAAGUCAUUGGUUUUUGCUUUGUUUUUCUAAACUUUUGCGGUUCCUGAUUUUUGUCGUACUGAAUAUUUUGGCAUAUUCCUUGUUGCUAGUAUUGAUAUGGGAUGUAUGACCAUUUUGUUGGUAUGACCUUAUAAAAUCUGGUUCUACAGAUAGACAGGAUAAGAAUAUGCGUAAUGACUUUUUUACAAUGAUUGUCUGCUGAAGAUCAAUACGUAUUGUAGUCAGAAAGGACUUCUAAAACUUAUAUUUUGAACGAAACAGCAUUGCUUUAUUUUGUUUAGCGUUGAUUAGGGAAGAUCUAUUUCCAUCUUAUGUACUAGUUUCAAGUU